AUCAUUAAAAUGAGGGGGGGGGGGGUCACUAGUUCAAGAACGCUUUUCAGAACCACGAAGGAAAAGUUCAUCGAAAACUUCGUGAAGCCAAAUUAAUAAAUCACCGCUUUGUUAACCUUCAACGCGCCGUUCCCCUUUAUGAUUUCGACAUUUCCGACCGCGCCUGAACGCAUCGCGGCCGGUACACCUCCUGUCGCUGUUGAGCGCCAGUUGAGCAGAGGACGGAGGCGCCGUGACCAGGCUGGAUCCAGCUCCGCUGUUCGCCCCCUGAGCCCGGGUUCUGCUGACGGUCUGAGCCGCUGGUCCGACACCAUGAGUCCCCGCAGUUCCUCCCUCCCUGUCCCCCCUCCCCCAGCUCCAUUAUGCCCAUCCUCAAGAACCUCCCUGUGCGCCUGAAAGGCGGCGGUCCGACUCUAGACAACGCUUUGAUCCUCCGCAGGAUGAGCCUCAACAUAACCCCCCACCAUCACCACCACAACCCCUUCGACGAUGACGACAGCAUCCAUGACAACGAUGGCCAUGGCAACCACUGGGCACCCGGCAGCUCGCUCCUGGAUGGCGACGUACCGAGGGACCGCAACCCGUUCGAGGACGAGGAGGAUGAGAACGAGGCCAACGAGGGGAAAAAGGGAAGUGGAGGAGGAGGAGGAGGUUCAUCAAAGGGCUCCUUCAAGUUUAAGUCCCCGCUGAAGAGUCUGGGAAAGCUGGGGAAGACCCUGAGAGCGUCGGCAAGGAGCAAAGGAAGUGCAACUCCCUCCCCACAGGGGUCGCUGCAGGGUACUCCUUCACCUGCAGAGAAGAAGAAGAGGGGGAGGAGGAGCUCUGAAGGAAGUCUUCUCAGGUUUGCAGGGAAAUAUCGCGACACGCUCGGCUCCUACAAGGACUCGCUCACAAACGGCGAGCUGAACUGUUCAGAGAGCGAGUGCGACUCCACCAGCCGCCGCCUGUCCUUCAUGAAGAUGGUAGGUCUGGGGAAGCUGAAGAGGGAGUCUAUGGCCGACCACUCGUCUCAGGGCCCCGAGGAGCAGCUGGUGCAGGAGGAGGUGGUGGAGGAGGUGAAGCCCAGAGAGCCGCUAUCAGUCCUGGAGAUCCUGCAGCUGGUGAAAAAGCGGGACCUGCUCCUGGCUGACUCUCACAUCCUGGAGCUGGAGCAGGAGUGUAACGAGUCCGCCGCUGACCGUGGCGCCGUGACGCUGCCCGAGGACAGCACCAGAGAUGGCGGGCGGAGGAAGGCGAAGGACGUGGAACUGCUCUACGAGGAGCUGCAGAAGGAGCUGUGGGCCGUGGUCAGGGAGUCUCUGAGGUCCCCCACAGCUGGGCCCAACCUGGGCCUGGUGGUUCAGGUGCUGCAGCAGGAAGAGCAGGCUGAUAAAGACUGGGCCCUCAAAGAGGGAGCGGCCCCUGGGGGCCCAAGGCCUCGUCAGCUGAAGCAGAGGUGGAGGGAGGCGGUGGAGGAGGCGGCUGACAGCUCUCUGCCUCAGAAAGCAGAGUUCACAGCCGGAGAACUGGACGGAUACCUGGGCCGGCUCCGAGCCCGGGUGGUGGAGGACCUGGGGGCUGCCAACAGGAAUGUGGUGUCCAUCUACCCCGAAGAGUACCAGCCCUUCCAGGUAUACGUGCAGAGUUACCACCAGGCGGUUGCUAGGCGACUGGAGGCCAUCACCGACAACCAGCUGGAGAUCACCGACAUCUACUCGCUGCUGGACUGGCUGCACAACAUAUACAACAGAGACGUUCUGGGGACUGUGUGUAUCACGAGUCCAUUCAGCCGCUCUCAGCUCAGUCCUCUGCUGCCUUCAGAGACCGUGGACAGACUGGAACUGGACUGUCUCAACUCUGUCAGGGCUAAAGUGACGACAGAGCUGAGCCAGGUCCUGGACGAGGAGGAGAAGAGAUGGAUGGAGACGCUCCACAUCGAGGAGUAUCAGAUCACUCUGGCCAAGACCGUCAUACAGAGGCUGCAGGUGGAUCUGGAACGUUCUGCCUCCAUCAACAGGAGUCUGGGUUCCAGGGUGGCUCAGUGCAGCCUCAAUGGUCUGGCCGACUUCCUCUACAGUUUCCAGCGUAAAGUUGAGAUGUUCCACGAAGGGAUGCAGUGCGGCAUGUUUGGAGAGAACGAGGACGGAUACGUGUCCAAAACCAUCGCCCUGGUCAACUGCUGCCCUCCCUUCAGAGGUUUUGUGCAGCGCUGUGCUCAGUGUGAUCUGUCAGUCAGCGAGGACUCUCUGCGUCGAGCCAAUAAAGCUCUGGACCACAUCGUUCACCAGGGAGUCAGAGUCCUGUCCGAACGCCUAUACCUGCACAUCAGGCCGUUCUUUGAGCGGCUGGUGAAGAGGAAGUGGCUCAGCAACACGGAGCCGUACGACCAGAUCGAAGCUCUCAUCAAAGAUCACUUUAAGAAAUAUCACAGGAUGGACAGUCCUCCGUACCAGCUGCUGGUGGCGGAGGUCCACCGCCGGGUGGUGAUGGAAUAUCUUCGCUCAGUCAUGCGAGGCAGAAUCAUCUGCACCUCUAUGAAGAUGAGGAAGAGGAUGGCCGGCCGGCUCAGAGAUGAAGGCAGACAGAUCAAAGUGCUCUUCAAAGACCUGGAGUCUCCGUCCAGCUGGUUGGACAGUGCUCUGGCUCACAUUUCAGAGAUCAUCCAGCUGGAGGACGUCCCCUCCAUCCAGAUGGAGGUGGGAGUUCUGGUCAGAGAGUUUCCAGACGUCCGGAAGAAGCAUGUGUCGGCCAUUUUGAACAUCCGGGGAAUGACUCGGCAGGUGGAGCGUCAGGAGAUCCUCAACAUCGUCAAAGACAUCGAGAGCUGCGACGGCGGCAGCUCAGCCCGGCUGUCCCGGGACCGCGCCCUCUUCUCCGAGGUCCCGGUCACCUCAGAGGUCCAUUGCCUGAACGUGGGUGUGAGCCGCAUUGCCCUCACAGUCUCGUCCUGCUUCACCACGCUGCGACCGCGCCGACGUAAAACCCGAGCGCCCGUCCAGGAAAACCCGGACGAUGUUCUUUGAAAAGCCCGGAUCACGAGAUUUGAGUUUUUCCACUAAGCUCCUGACUGGAAGCAAAACUGUGGGCGUUUGAGAUCCAACAUCCUGCGGGUGGUUCUUAAUUUUAACUUAACUCCCAAAACAGUGAUGAUUAAUUAUCCACUAAACCAUCUCUGACCAAAUUGUUCCAUCAGGCUGCUGCUUUAAGAGAAUCCACCAAAAAUACGUUUGUCUCUCUGGAGAAGUUCGUCAUGUUGAAGGAAAAACAGGAGAAAUGGGCUGAAAAUGGUUUAAACGUCCAGGCGUUUUGACUCCUGAUGAAAAUAAUCUGCUCUCCGGCUGCUGAGGGGAAAACAAAAGGACGAGAAGUGAUGAUGAUGAUGAGAACUGAUUAAAGGACAUAACAUGGAGAACAGAUUUGGAUCAGAGGCAGAAAGGAAUAUUCUGGUAAAACUUCACUUUGGGACUUUGGGAUUUCUUCUGAUGAAAUCAAAAUGUACGAUGGAAAAUCCUUUCUUUGGAUUCAAGCUUCGCACGUGAUUCCACAUUCCAUUCCCCAUUUUUCACCUGUGGGGAAAAAAAACGAAGCUUCGACGUUGAGGCCUGGUCACAUCAGAAAAAAAUUCACAACAAAAUUCACUUGUGUGUCCUCACAAAACAGGUGAUGCUGGAAGCUUGGUUUUGGAGUGACUAACAGUAUUUAGCAACUUAUCAACUGGGGCUUAAUCAGCUUCUCCAGCUGGCUAACAUCACCUGUAUUUUUCUCGGUCAUUCAGCACAAUAUUUCUUUCACACCUAAUACACUACGAGAAAGAGUAUCUGGCUCUCUGACUGACAAACAGCACGACGUUAACACUAUUUAAAGUCCGGAGCUUGAAAUGUGAUUGUUCUCAAAUCUGCACCUACAUGAAAUUCAAACUGGUGGACGAAGUCUUCAGACCCUUUACUUAAGGGUCAGGGUCCCGGGGUCGCCAGAUAAAUCUGAGGGGUUGUUGAUUCAUGGGAGACGAAAUGAGAAGAAAAACAAAGUCCUGAUUCUCUGAUCUGUUUUCGCUUUUUAGACUUUGUUGUGAAAUAUUGGAUCAUUUCAUCAACAGUUACUGAACUGAAACCAUGUGAGACGUUUAGAGGAGAACUCAAACAUGACAAAGACCACUGUGUAGGGAAUGGGAAAAAACUGCUGUGACCAGGCCUUGGUGAUACAUAAAGUCACAGUCAUGUGAUUUAAAGUCAUCCAAAUCAUCCAGAUCGUAAUUUGAUUUGUUGCUUCGUUGUCAGCAUUGCUGUUUGACAUCAGAACAAACUGUUCCAACAUUUUGCGGCAGGAUACCUGGACUUCGACCUGAAUGGCACUUUACAGAGGAUCAAUAAAAGGAAAGCAGUUCUUUGUGCUGAGGUGGACUUUGGAUUGAAGUGCAUUCUGGGACAAAGACCAGGACAAGAGGACUGAAGCAGACAGAACUGAAUCAUCAGGACUGCUGAAGUGACCCUUUUGCUUUCUUUCCAGCCAGGAUCAGGAACCUGGACCUGGACUGAGAACCAGUUGCUGGAUGCAAGAUGAAAUUCAGGAUUUGUUCUGGUGAUUUCGAGCCUUCAGGGUUUCAGAGGAGUUUAGUUUUAUAAUCCCAGGACCUGGAAAUGCUUCGUGACAAAAACGGGACUCUUUGUAGUUUUAGUGUUGCACAAGAGGAAAAAAAAGACAUUUUAAUCAAAGGUACUAGACAAAGAUGUGAGUCUCUAUCAGCUGAUUGUGUAUUUACAGCAGUGAUUAUAGUUGAGGCUCUGCGGUGUGAUGAGGUUUAUCAUAUAUGUGGGAUUUAGAGAUUGAUAGAGAUUUAUUAUUUCUUUCUGGUGGUAGAAUAAUAGACUUUUAUUACAGAAUAUCUGGUGUUGAUUCAAAGUUUCGAUGUGGAGAAACAAAAGGAGAGGCAGGGCUCACUUGCUCAUCGGAGACUGACUGAGGACCAACCGGGAAUAAACUUCUCCUCAUGUUUUAAUGGUUUAUUCCACGUUUCCUCACUUUUAACAUUUUAACUCAUAAACUGCAAACUAAGUUCAAAUUCCUUCUGAUCAUUUUCUCCAAACCAUCCCUGAUUUUUUUGGCAUUAUCUCCCUUACAGUCGCUCUCUUUUCUUUUCAUGUGCUGAUGCAGUUGACUGUUUUGAAAUAUCACAGUGGUGCAUUCAAGGACGCUUCGAUGUUGGAGAUCUCCCCUCCCAAAAAUCUUUUUCAGCUGAGAUGCAGUUCAGAUUAGAGACACUUCUCUUCUGUCUGUUCUUCAUCUCUCUUCCUCUUGUAAAUGUGGAUGUAUGAAAUCAAUCUUUCUGUACAGAGAUCAGCUUUGAAUGAAUAAAAUAGCUCAGAUCA